AUGAAACUGGUGUCCAUCUUACUGAGGUUUACGCGUGCGAUCCGGGAAGGGAAGUGGGAUUUGUAUCUCUCUAAGUUCUCCGAAAUGCUACCCUACUUUGCGGCUUUCGACCACUCGAAUUACACCAGAUGGGGUGUCAUAUUUCUUGCAGACAUGAAGAUGCUUCCGCAGACUGCCCCUGAGGUCCAGCAGGCAUUUGAGAGUGGCCACUUUGUCACAAAGGAGACAGCCAGCACCUUCAAUCAAAUUCCCGACGACCAAGCACUGGAGCAUGUAAACAAAUCUGAAAAGGGAGCUGGAGGCCUUGUUGGAAUUACAAGGACAGACUCGGCUCGAGAUCGCUGGUGUCUUACCUACAAUGAGUGCGCCAAGCUGUCAGAAGACACCAAAGAGAUGUUUGACGUCUUAGAAAAUGAAUGCACUAGCGCCAAAGAUCCGGGAAAAGCCAGAAUGCAACAAGAUGCAGAGGACGUAGCUAAGCUGGAGGCGCAGUUUACGAAAUACAAGGUCUUCCGAUGUACCUCUGACUUAGUUGUAGUUACCACUGGAGAUGUGGCAAGUAACGCCAUUAAACAAGAUCUACUUGGCGUUGAGGAAACUGGUAAGAAAGUCAUCAAAGAUUUCGUUGAAACCAGACUAAUCAAGAAAGAAAUAAAGUUCCAUGACACUCAAAAGCAUCAGAAGGUGAAAACCUUUGAGACACUUUACACUGUACCAGUGUCAGUUGAUAAGAGCAAGACCAUCGCCAGGAAAGCAGACAAAGAUCUCUUGAGAAGGGUGAUAGUAGCCUUGGAAUCCGGUCGUGAUGUAGAUGUGAAUACGUUGCUUCAAAGCGAACUUGCUCCAGUCCCAAAGUCACUUGCUAUCCUAGAGGAAAGUCUACGAGAAGCAGGGAAGUCGGAUCUUGGUACCAUUUUACAAGGAAAUGUCUGUAAGAGCCAAAUGCCCAUCAGCAGGAGUCAAACAUGCACUACUAUUGAUGGAAUGGCAGCUGUUCAGUCCCUCGCCAACUCUUCAGGAGCAAAGACCUUUGGGGAGUGGAGUGACCGAUUUCUUCGUCAUGUCACUUCCCAUUUUUCGGAGAGUUUUACAAGGGUUGAUGUGCUAUUUGACAGAUAUGUCAAGAACUCGAUAAAAGGAGGAACCAGAGACAAGAGCAAGGAGAAAAAGGGCACAAGGAUUAGGCGCAAUGUGGAUAACAGAGAUCAGAGAAUUGGAAACUGGGAAAGGUUCAUCAUUCUAGAAGAUAACAAGGCUAGCCUAGUUCAUUUCCUCUCGACUGAAAUCUCGGAGAGUUAG